UUUCAUCAAAUAUUCAUCAUUCUUCAUCACACACUUGCGGUAAAUAGACAAACCAGCGGAGAUACAUUUAAAAAACGGAAGGCAACUGUGGAUUAGUGCAUAAAACUAUUUUUAAACAAAUUAGUGAUCAUAAUAACAACACAUAUUUGUGAAAUAAAAAGCAAAGAAAUGCUGGCGCGUCGCUCAAUCGUUGGUGUACAAGUGUUGAGGCAACAUUGUCGCAAAAUGUCGCAAGUCGGUGAAUUGGGCAGCGGUGCAGGCAAAGGUGGCGGUGGUGGUGGCUCCAUACGCGAGGCAGGCGGCUCUUUCGGCAAAAUGGAGGCAGCACGCGAGGAGGAAUUCUUCUAUAAGCAGCAAAAGGAGCAAUUGAAGAAUCUGAAGACCAAAAGCGAUGAUACGGCAAAGAAAACAAAUGCCACCGCACAGCCGGCGAAUAAGUAAAAUGGUGUAAAGCGAGAAAUAAUAAAUAAUAACAAUUGGAACAACGCCAAUUUGUGUUGGUGUCCCCAUUAUUUUUUAGUAAUUUUAUAGUUGAAAGUGCUCUUUCUAUUCAUAUCAAAUCGUUCAAUAUGGUAUUUUGUUUUUUAUAUUGUUUCAGGCUAAUAUAUACACAAAAAAGCUUAA